AUGGAAAAAUCGAAAAUGAACGCUCACAUGGCAACAAAUGAGCACGUCAGAGGUAGCAAGCAGCCGGCGCCUCGGCGGACGGCGAACACGAUGCUGAUACCCGCGCUUCUGGGCCUCUGUAUAUUGGCCUUCGAGCGCCCCGGCAGAUUCGUCGACGCAGCUGCCUGCAAGGGAUGUGCACCACCAUGCAUCUGUCCGGGAACCAAAGGAGAGAAGGGCGGGAUUGGAUUUCCUGGUGAAGUGGGUCAUCCUGGAGCGCCGGGACUUGAUGGACCUGAGGGACCCGCUGGUGCUCCUGGCAUGACUGGUGCCGAAGGCGACUUUGGCGACAUCGGACCGAAAGGAGUUCGAGGUGACAGAGGACUGCCAGGUGCGCCUGGUCAUCCUGGUCUCCCAGGACUCGACGGACUUCCAGGAUUGAAAGGAGAAGAAGGAAUACCGGGAUGUAAUGGAACAGAUGGAUUCCCCGGACGGCCAGGACUUGCAGGACCACCUGGACCACCUGGACCUCCUGGAGCUCCCGGAAGACCUGGUCUUACCGGACUACCAGGAGAAGGUGGAGUCAAUUCAGCUGGACGUAAAGGAGAAAAGGGCAACACAGGAACACCUGGAAUGCCUGGUCUACCAGGACGCGAUGGUUUGCCUGGAUUGAAAGGAUGGAAAGGAGAUCCUGGACCACAGGGGCCGCCUGGAUUCCCUGGACCACCUGGUCCAAAAGGAAGAAUGGGAGCACGUACACCAGGUGUUAAAGGAGAAAAGGGUUUGCAAGGACCUCCUGGAUUACCUGGUCCACCAGGAGCAUUCCCUGGGGCAUCUGCUCCAGAAGAAAUUGAAGUUCUUCAGGGCCCUAUUGGACCCCCAGGAGUGAAAGGAGAAAAAGGUCGCGAUGGACCCAUGGGACCUCCAGGACUGAUGGGCGUGAAUGGAGCAGACGGAUAUCCUGGUCUAAAAGGCCAGAAAGGAGAUAUUGGUGAUGCAGGAAAUCGAUUAGUCUAUAGUGAAAGCCUCAGCCAUAAUCCGCAUCUUUACAGGGCAAGCGAGGCAAAGAUGGCGUUCAUGGGCAGUUCGGUGAGAAAGGAUCUCAAGGAGAGCAAGGUCUCCCUGGUCUUCCCUGGAUAUCCUGGACCCAAAGGAGAGGCUGGAGAACCGGGAUAUGAUGGUCGCCCUGGUAUAGAAGGAGAUGUUGGACCACCAGGACCAUUUGGAGAAGGUCACGGAGAUGCUGGAGUACGCGGCUUGCAAGGAAUUGAUGGAGUACCGGGCCCAAAAGGUUUGCCUGGCAAGGACGGUCUCCCGGGAGCUGUUGGACCUAGAGGACCUGUUGGAGCUCCUGGCCCUCAAGGACGCCCUGGUUUGGAUGGACUUCCUGGCUACUCGGAAAAGGGAGAUCGUGGUGACGAUGGUUAUCCAGGUUUCGCUGGUGAACCCGGCAUGCCUGGUGAAGAAGGUGACUGUGGGCCUCCUGGUGAGGACGGUCCACCUGGCUACGAUAUUCAAGGUCCACCAGGAGUCGACGGUCAGCCAGGAAGAGACGGAUAUCCUGGACUACCUGGCGAAGUUGGUGAGCCGGGCUACCCUGGAGAAAAGGGAUUCCCCGGAGCAGGUGUGAAAAAGGUUGGUCCACCAGGACAACCGGGACUCAUGGGACCUCCAGGAGAAAACGGACGAAUUGGUCUUGACGGAUUGCCGGGACCACCAGGAGACAAAGGUCCAAGAGGAGACGAUUGCGGAUACUGCCCGGAUGGUCUUCCUGGACUGAAGGGAGAGCCAGGAGUGCCCGGUGUUGAUGGAUAUCCUGGACCUCCCGGCCCAGAUGGUGAAAUGGGUGAUUGUGGCCUGAAGGGUUUACCAGGAAAGCCGGGAUUCCCUGGACCGGAUGGACUUCCCGUAAGAAGAAUUGAAUACUCUUUCCCCCAUGGAUCAGUGGGUUUGCCAGGAAUUCCUGGAUAUCCCGGAUUGAAAGGAGAAGCUGGAGAGAUUAUCGGCCCAAUGGAAAAUCCGCCUGGCGUUGAUGGAGCCAAGGGAGAACGAGGAGUUCCUGGUGAGUCG